AGAGCGAAGGACAAGCAGCAUUUGUUUGCAUUUUUUAAACAGUAAACAUCAAGUGUUAUUUUUAAAAUUUACCGUGACGCGCAGCUGAUAAGAUUUAAGACAAGAAACUGAAUGGCAUAUGGACAAUAAAUCUAGUUUUUCUUUUCAGUUCCUGACCCUAAUUUGAGAUUUUGCUGGUUUACAUUUGACUUCUAAGCAGUCUUAUCAGACUCAGCCACCACGCGACUUCACGUGCUGUGAUAUACGGGAUGCUUAGUGAUGGACAAGCAGAAGAGCUCUGAGCAGGAGAGUCCUGGGGAGCGAGGAGGGCUCCACGUGUGGAGGGGCUACUCCUGCAGUGUCAGCCCAGAGAAAGUGCUCCUGUCCCGGCCCGUGCUCCAGGCCGCACUGGGGGCCAAGCACAUGGUGCUGCUGGUGGAGGGUGGACAGGUGUAUAGUUCAGGAGAAUUGCCAUGGAAACAGAACCAAGCAUCAUUGGGAACAGCUGAACCUAUUCUGGAGGCGGGACUUAGUGAGCAGCACGUUGUUUCUGUGGCAGCGGGCACUUCCCACAGUGGGGCAGUUACAGAGGAUGGUGCGGUGCAUAUGUGGGGUGACAACACCUACGGCCAGUGUGGCCUACUCGGGCUGUCGGUCGUUCCGAACCCGACGCCAGUGGGCGUGGUGGACUGUGACAGUGUGCCCGCCAAGCCAGUCCGGAUCCUGGAGGUGGCAUGUGGGGAACAGCACACACUAGCACUCUCAGCUAGGCACGAGGUGUGGUCCUGGGGCAGUGGCUGCCAGCUGGGCCUGCUCACCUGCACCUUCCCUGUGUGGAAGCCCCAAAGGGUGGAGCACCUGGCCGGGAGGCACGUGCUCCAGGUUGUCUGUGGCGCCUCACACAGCCUGGCUCUAGUACGCUGCCUGCCCCUGCCCCUGCCCCAGGGACAGUGCAGGCUGCUAGCCGACAAGUGUGGCCAGUGCAACCAGUCGCUCUACACCAUGACCGACAAGGAGGAUCAUGUCAUCAUCUCGGACAGCCACUCCUGCCCCCUAGGGGUGGAACUUGAGGAAGGAGAUGCCAAAUUGGAAACGGAGGGCAUCCCCGGGCAAGGGCCUCUGGGCUGCAUAAGGAGUUCCCCGUCUGAGCCGAUCCUGUCUACCCACAGCCACGCUUCGAAGGCAGCCGUCUUUUCUGCUUCCACCCCCAGAGGUUCUCCUGCUCCGGCACCCACUUCUAACCCUGAACCUCAGGACCAGGGCCAUCAUGCUGGGAAAGAAACAUCGGAGUCUGCCCCUAAAGACCCAGAGGAGUCCCACAGUCCAGUGGCUGAUGGAGGAGUGUCUGAGGCAGCCCUAGAGUCCAGCGGCUCUGGGACGGACGGCGCGAAAGGAACGGCAGCAAAAUCCUCCCCCUACCCAGACGAGCAGGCCCUUAAAGACUACCUGAAGAGACUGUCGGACCAGACGCUCGCUGAGCAGGUUUCUAAAGGCCCCAGCACGGCACAGUGUAUACAGGCUCUUGUCGAGCCCGCUGAUGUUUUCACCUCUGACCCCACGACCCCUGUCGCCCAGUCGGUGACCCCUAUGGGCUCUGCUUUAAACAACCUGGUGGUUUCGUGUGCGUCUGCUGUAGGGGAGAGAGUCGCAUCCACGUAUGAGGCUCUCUCUCUGAGGAAGGUCAUUGGCUACUGGGGUCCAGCCGAGCGUCCGGAGGAGAGGGUGCGUGAGGAAGAACGCAGGCAGGGCAAGAAGAGCUCCAGCCUGGGGGACAUCCGGGAGGACGAGGCCGAUGGCCUCAGCCGACGCCUCUCCCUCCCUGGCCUGCUGUCACAGGUGUCUCCUCGUCUCCUGCGGCGGACGAGUCGCCAGCGUGUCCAGACGCUUGCCCUCACCCCGGGCGCUGUGGCUGAGUCCGACGGCCGCCUUCCCUCGCUGCAGACUGAGGUCUGGAGCUGGGGGCGGGGUCAGGAGGGGCAGCUGGGACACGGAGACCUCCUGCCCAGGCUGCAGCCUCUCUGUAUUAAGAGUCUGAGUGGUAAAGAGGUGACACAAGUGGCUGCAGGUUCCCUUCACUCACUAGCCCUGACCACCCAGUCACAGGUGUACUCCUGGGGCAGUAACAGCUUUGGUCAGCUGGGGCACAUGGAAUCCCCCAGCACCGUCCCCCACUUGGCGAAGCUAUCAGAGGGGAUCCGCGUAUGGGACGUGGGGGCGGGGCAGCAGCAUACUCUCCUAUUGGCCGAUGGAGACUGCUUCCAGCCAAUCCUGUACUACAGUGGUGAGCAGGUGAAGGAGGGCUCUGUCGAGGAGACCCAGGAGCAGGAAGGUGGCUACACCCAGCAGCCUGUUCUUCUGCCCUUCUGUAUGAAGUUGGGCUACGUGAGCAGUGUGUACGCGGGUGGGAGGAGCUGUGCAGCACUGGCCGACCGCAACGUGUCAGUCUCCGUCGCCAGCCUGCAUGAGCUCGCAGCAGCCGAGAGGAAACACUACAGCAGGCUAAUCAGUGUGAUGAGUGCCCUGUUCCAGCCACUGCUUAAACUGGAUACCUUAAGCUCCACCCUGGGGCCACCCUGUACUGGACUUCUGCAAAGUCUCAUUGGUCGUUUUAGCCGCCUGUCUCAGCUAACAGGUCAGAACUCUGCCUCCCUGACCUCCUUCCUGAGGUGCUCACGUGAUGUCAGAGGCCUUGUUAUGCUUGACCACGCACACCUGUUUCUGGACACGUAUUCUGAGUACUCCUCUGCAGUGGGGAACAUGCUAGUCAUGGGGGGCUUUCAUGCUCUUGUCAAACCUUGCCAGGAUGUGUUUGGGAAGGGGGCGGAGCUUGUACAUAAGCUGUCCGAGUGUACCGAAGAGGCGGCGUCGAUGACAGAAGUUCUCACUCAUCUCUUUUACCUGCCCAUCCGCCACCUGCAUGAGUACGGACGCCUGCUGCUCAAACUGGCUGUGUGUUAUGAGGCGAGCUCUGUGGAACAUCAGAAGCUGCAAGAGAUGAGCUCUGGGUAUGAGUCACUGGCUCUUCAUCUGAAGAGGAAGAGGAUGGAGGCUGAGCACACCCUGCACUUCUGGAAGAGCUUUCCCGGGAAGAUGACGGACUCGCUGCGUAAGUCCUCCCGACGCCUGCUGUGCGAGAGCAGCAACAAAGCUCUGACUCUGCAGAACGCUGGUCGCUUCUCCGUCAACUGGUUCAUCCUCUUCAAUGACGCCCUCGUCCACGCGCAGGGAGUGCUUCCCUCUAAGGGCUUUUUCUCCACCCAUCAUGUCUUCCCCUUGCCCACGCUGUGGGUGGAGCCUAUAUCUGAGGAGAACACUGGCCUGUAUGGAUUAAAGGUCACCUCGCCUGAGGAGUGCUUCACAUUGCUGGCCUCUUCUCCUUCAGAAAAGGCUAAAUGGUUGCGUGCCAUCAAUCAAGCAGUGGAACAGGCAUUGAUAGGGGUGGGGCCAGACAUGGCACAGCCCCCUGUAGGGGCGGGGAUGAGAGCAGACCCACCCAUCUCCCGUACCGCCUCCUACACUUUCUAUAAGGACAGCAGACUAAAGGAAGCCACCUACGAGGGCCGCUGGGUUUCCGGCAAACCCCAUGGGAGGGGCAUUUUGAAAUGGCCAGAUGGCAGGACAUACACUGGAACGUUUAAGAACGGUUUCGAGGACGGAUUUGGUGAUUAUAUUGUUCCUAACAAAACCCUUAACAAGUGUGACCAUUACCAAGGCCAGUGGAAGGAUGGCAAGAUGCAUGGCUUUGGGACCCUGAGGUACGCCUCGGGUGAGGUGUAUGAGGGCUCGUUUCAGGAGAACAUGCGGCAUGGCCAUGGCAUGAUGCGUAGCGGCAAGCUGAACUCCACCUCCCCCAGCGUCUUCAUCGGCCAAUGGGUGCAGGACAAGAGAACGGGCUACGGCGUCUUCGAUGACAUCACCAGAGGGGAGAAGUAUAUGGGCUUGUGGCAGGAUGACCAGAGGCAGGGGACUGGAGUCAUCGUCACCCAGUUCGGCCUCUACUACGAGGGAAACUUCAGCGGCAACAAGAUGAUGGGAACAGGGGUUUUGCUUUCAGAAGACGACACGACCUUUGAGGGUGAUUUCUCAGAGGACUGGACUCUCAGCGGCAAGGGCACUUUGACCAUGCCUAAUGGCGACUACAUCGAUGGUUCCUUUGGUGGCGUGUGGGGCACAGGCCUGAAGAUCUCCGGCUCCUACUAUAAACCCAACCUGUAUGACUCGGACAAGGAGAGGAGAUGCACGCUUAAGCUGGGCCGGUUAGCUGUGCCCUCGGAGGAGAAGUGGAAGGCGGUGUUUGGAGAGUGCUGGAACAGCCUGGGCUGUGAAACAGCGGGGCAGGGAGACACCAGCACAGCCUGGGAAAGCGUCGCCAUAGCGCUCACCACCAACAGGAGGCAGCACAGAGACAGUCCUGAGUUGUUGAGUCGCUCCCAUAAUAAAACUCUGGAGAGUUUAGAGUUCAUCCCUCAGCACAUGGGGCCUGUUACUUUAGAGAAGUACGACACCAUCCGCCGCUACCUCGGCAAGGCAUGUGACACCCCACUGCACCCUCUGGGGCGCUUGGUGGAGGCGCUGGUUGCAGUGUACCGGAUGACGUACGUGGGUGUGGGCGCCAACCGCAGGCUGCUGCAGCAGGCAGUCAACGAGAUCAAAUCCUACCUCAGCCGCAUCUUUCAGAUUGUCAGGUUCCUUUUUCCUGAUCUUCCAGAAGAAGGUGGCAUGUUGCCUGAAUCUUCUAAUGCCAGGAAGGAUUCGGACUCCACCGAAGCCCAGCUGGAGUCUCCAAGACCAGUGCAUGUGGUGAGCAGCUCCGCCCUGCUCCUGCCUGUGCUGCUGCCACGUCUCUACCCUCCCCUGUUCACCCUCUACGCUCUGGAGAAGGAGAAGGAGGAUGAUGUGUACUGGGAGUGUGUGCUGCGGCUCAACAAGCAGCCAGACCUUGCGCUCCUUGCCUUCCUCGGAGUGCAGCAGAAGUUUUGGCCGGUGACCUUCACCCUGCAUGGAGAGAAGCAGCAGGUUCUUUCCAGCACUAAAGAUGCUUGUUUUGCCUCAGCUGUGGAGACUCUGCAGCAAAUCAGCACCACCUUCACCCCCUCCGACAAGCUGCAGGUAAUCCAGAUAACCUUUGAGGAGAUAACCCAAGAAGUGCUUUUAUUGCUGAAGCAGGACUUCCUGUGGUCCAUGGAUGAUCUGUUUCCUGUUUUCCUCUAUGUGGUACUGCGUGCCCGGAUAAGAAACUUGGGGUCAGAGGUCAAUCUGAUUGAAGACCUCAUGGAUCCAUGUGUGCAGCAUGGAGAGCACGGCAUCAUGUUUACUACCCUAAAAGCUUGUUAUUAUCAGAUACAGCAUGAGAAGGUCACAUAAGGAACAUGUGUCUGGAAACCGUUCAUUCGGUGAGCUGGCUGAUGGACAUGCACUUCAGCCAACCAGCAUGCACAAGCAUGUACAUGUAGGAUGGCAUUUGCUGUGACUCACAUCUGGUGAUCCAAUCAAACUGAGCUACAGGCACUGAACUGGAUGAUGAGGGGGGGAAAAAAAACCUUUCCCUUCUCAUCCUUGCACGCAGUACACGAGUCAUGAGGAAAGCAAGUUAUUUCCUCCAGGAACACAACUGCAAAUGUGAUUUAAAAAAAACAAAAAAACAAAACUCUUACUGUUUAUUUAUUCUCAGCCAUGGACCGAAGCCAGACUUUCUCCCUGACGGCCAAUGUGCCACAGUGCCACAGUUUUCUCUCGUCAUGCUUUUCAUGAACGCGAAUGCGGCCCCAGCGUCUGACCCAAUAACCCGCCAGCCGUGGGGUUCGCGCCUCAGUGAAGGAUUCGCCUGAGGCAGUCAGUGCUCUUUGAGGACUGACUGAACCAGCACAGCCUGUCAACACCGACGCUGGUUGUAAUGUGUAUUAGUGUGCAUCGCAACACACACUAUAAAGAUCUGUUCAAUGAAUUGAAGGUCGAUGGGUGUGUGGGUGUUUGUUUGUUUUAGCAGGAUGCCAUUUUGUCUUGCACCACAUGUACAGCUCUGCCUGACAGUGCUUUUAAGGCACAGUGUCUGUAGUUCCCACAACCCUCACACAAAGCCCUCCUAGCAGCAAAACCUUAGCAGUUUCACACCACUGAAGAAUCACCAAAAACAAGCUUAGAUCUCUGAAGAAGAAUUAAGGUGUUGGUAGGUAAAACCAGUCAACUGAUCCAUUCAUCUGAGUUUAGAAUACAAUCGGUGGGGAAUCGGGUCCCUGCUGCUAUUAGCCAAUCGGAUGCAUGGAGUUUGGAUCUGCUUGAAACCUUGUAUGACACAUUUACUUUUAACUUUGCAAAUAUCAUUGUGUCCUGUUCAUGAUGUGAUACGAUCUCAGUUUCCUGAAGUGUUUGUGUAUUUUGGUUAUUGAACAGUUUACAAAAGCACAGUUGCAUAAAUCUCCCUUGAAGGAAUGCAGUGGUGUUCUACGUGUGGAUUCAAAGAAGUGUACUGACUGGAUAAGUUAUGAAUUCAUCUUUUUAUGGGUACCAUGAACAUAUACUGUAUAAUGUUUUAAUGGCAGCAGAUCUUUGGAUCUACACUCUUGGAACAUAUUUUAGAAUAUUUGUUCUUCCUCCACCCUUCCCACAAAAACUCACAAAGACACAAAGACAGUGAAUGACACUGUUUUAUUGGAUUGAGGAAUUUAGCCUCUUCCAGCAGUGCUAAGGUGGAGACACUGAACAUGAACAGGAACUGUUUGUGACUCAUCUUUAGUGUGUAGAGUUACUGCAUUCGGCAUAACUCUUAACACUACUUAAAUUCCAGUAUUGUGAACUGACAGCUGUAGAAUUAGGGUUGUUUUUAAAGGUCUUAUUUAUUAAAUGUUGCGCUGCAAUGAUAAUCUGAGGGAAUCAGAUAAUCUGAAUUUCAUUGACAGGAGGCUUGCUUGAAAGACUGCAGAACCUGAAGAAUUUGACUGUGAAAUUGACCUUAAUAACAUGUAUUAAUAACUUACUAAUAAUUGAUCUGUUGUGGAUGCAAACAAUGACUCAAAGGUGUUUAAUGCUCUUUCAGGAUUUUGAGGGUGUGUGAGUGUGUGUGUGUGCGAGAGAGAGAGAGAGAGAGAGAGUGUUUUGGACAUCUAAUGGAUAUGUGCUGCUUGCCAUUCUGUAAACCCCAUAUUUAUGAGGUGUUGUAUGCCACUUCGUGAUAACUUUUUUCAAAAGUUCAAUAGUUUGUAUUUCACCCUACCGGCUCCUUUCCUGUACUCAGCUGUGUGAACAUGGUCUUUUUUCCAGAUGUGAGGAUCUGUCCAGCUGGUACCUAGUGUCUUCUUAAUAUCAAUGGAGGCCAAUAAAGACAGUGUUGGAAACUCCAAA